AUGUCAACGGACAAUGGUGUAAAGUCGGGCGCAUGGAGUGCACGAACAAACAACCAGGACCAGUUCAUCCAAGCAGACUUGAGGCAGUUGCAUGAGGUCUCUGGGGUCAUGACCCAAGGUCGCAAUAUGCACUUACAGUGGGUGAAUUCAUUCAGGGUGCAAUACAGUAUCGAUGGACUGACCUGGACUGCUGUACAGAAUGCUAUUAUGGCUGGCAGUAAGGUCUUCACUGGUAAUACGGACAGUAACACCAUUGUGACAAAUGACUUUUCUCCCAACGUUGUAACUCGGUUUAUCAGGAUUGAACCACUGACUUGGACGAACCACAUCAGCAUGAGAUUUGAAAUUAUUGGCACUGUUGCAUCAAAGAUUGAAGGGCUCCAGAAAGCUUUGGGUAUGAAAGAUCAGCAAAUUCCUAACAGCGCCAUCACAGCCUCAACCCAGUACGAUGGUAACCACGGAACAGAAGGAUCACGUCUGGACACUGUCGCUAGUGGUGUUAGAGGCGGGGCAUGGUCAGCACUCACUAACGAUGUCAACCAGUGGUUGCAGGUGGAUCUCAACGGCUUCUACAUCUUAACUGGAGUUAUCACACAGGGUCGACAGGAUACUGACCAAUGGGUCAACGCAUUCAAGGUGGCCUACGGUGAAGAUGGCACAAACUGGAAUAUCAUCCAGACUUGUGAUGGAUGUGAUGGAUAUGAUAAGGUAGUCUUCAAUGGAAACAUUGAUCGCAAUAGUAAGGUAACAACUGCAUUUGGUCUACCAAUUGUUGGUCGUUUCCUACGCAUUCAUCCCACCACUUGGAAUAAUCAUAUCAGUAUGAGAUUGGAAAUUCUUGGGAAAGGACCGGUGGCAAGUAACCGUUUUGAGCCAAUGAAACUUGGAAUGGAAGAUGGCCAGAUUGCAGACAGCCAGCUCUCUGCAAGCACAUGUCAUGAUUCGAAUCACUGCGCCGACAGGGCAAGGCUCAAUCAAGUAGCAAGUGGUGGAAAGACGGAUGCUUGGACUGCAAUAACCCUCGACUCUCAAUGGAUUCAGGUGGACCUUCUUUCUGACUAUAAACUCAGUGGGAUUGUGAUUCAGGGUAGAUCAGAUUACGAUCAAUGGGUGACUAGUUACAGGCUUCAGUACAGACCAGAUGGAGAGUCAGCGUUGAUAGAUGUAGUGGAUGACAAUGGAGCUAUUGUUACCUUCACAGGGAAUAGCGACGGAGAUAGUCUAGUGAUCAACAUGCUUCCACUCCCAGUCGCCGCUCGCUACGUCCGUAUCCUUCCUCAAACCUGGAAUAGUUACAUUAGCAUGCGAUUUGAGCUGCUUGGAAUAGGGCCCAUCAAUGUUGCUCCUGUCUUCGGAAAGAUUGGCAUAGAAGAUGGUCGCGUAGAUACUACCAGUCUCUCUGCGUCAUCUUGCUGGGAUAGCAACUAUUGCGUCGCUCACUCUAGACUCAAUCAGCCACAAGAGGGAGCUCUAGGGGGAGCCUGGAUAGCCUCAACGAGUGAUGUAAACCAGUGGAUACAAGUUGACCUCCGGGUUGCCUUUGAGGUCACCGGAGUCAUUACACAAGGCAGAAACAGCUCUACCUUUCGCCAGUGGGUCACGUCUUAUCAAAUCUCUUACAGCAUCGAUGGUAAGGACUGGACCUUGGUGAAAAACUGUGAGGGAGGACCAAAGAUCUUUCCUGGUAAUUCUGAUCGAGAUAGCCUAGUUGAAAAUGGUAUCAGCCCACCUGUGACAGCUAGGUUCAUCCGUCUCCAACCUGUAACUUGGUACAUUCACAUCAGCAUGAGAUGGGAACUCAUUGGACAGGGUCCUAUCAGAACGACAGGUUUGUCUGCACAACUUGGACUUGAAGACUACCGCAUCCCUGAAGGCGCCAUCACAGCUUCUUCACAAUACGAUUCCACCACUGGCCCACGUCGAGCUCGGUUAAAUCUUCCAGCGAGCGGAGCUCUUAAAGGCGGCUGGUCUGCACUUACCCUGGAUCGAAGUCAGUGGCUUCAAGUAGACCUGAGGGGGACCUAUCGUGUUACUGGAAUCAUCACCCAAGGGAGGGCUGAUAUUGACCAGUGGGUCACCAGCUAUAAUGUGGCUCAUAGCUUGAAUGGAAUUAAUUUCAACAUCAUUCAAAUUGCUGCCUCUCAGCAAGAAAAGUACUCUUCGUACUUGACGUUUCUUCGGGUCUUCACUGGAAAUAGUAACCGAACCACCCAAGUGACCAACUACUUUUCCCCUCCAUUGACUACUCGUUUCAUCCGAGUACUGCCCAUCAUGUGGUUUGGACACAUCAGCCUGCGUAUGGAACUCCUUGGAGCUGGACCUGUUGCAGCCAUCUUGAAUGACCAUGUCCCUCUGGGCCUAGAGAGUAAUAUCAUCCCAGAUUCAAGUCUGACAGCAUCGAGUGAGUUUAAUGCUGACUAUGGUGCAAAGAGAGGUCGUCUUAACCUAGCCCAAGUAGGGAACCUGCGCGGAGCCUGGUCUGCACUAGCAAUCAAUGCCAACCAGUGGAUCCAGGUGGAUCUUUUGGACCCUUACCGUAUCAUUUCAGUUGCGACUCAAGGGCGACAAGAUUUAAGCCAGUGGGUUACAAGCUACAAGCUUGCUUGUAGUACUGAUGGCACAACCUUUGCCACUGUGCAGGGCAUCUGUACAAACCCUGGCGCUGACAGAAUCUUCAACGGUAAUGUUGACCGCGAUACCAUCGUGACCAACACUCUGCCUGUACCCCAGGUUUGCCGCUAUGUCCGCUUGAUGCCUGUCAGCUGGUUCGGCCACAUCAGUCUUCGUAUGGAGCUCUACGGUGAAGGCCCUCUCACAGUGUGAAUGAUCAACAUGGCAGACCUGAUCAGAAGAUUCAAUUGAUGGAAUUAUACCUGACGAUGGAUAUCAUUAGCAAUUUCAUUCCUUGAUUUAAUGGAUACAUCAAAAUGAAGAAUUUCGAUGAACUUUAAUCUAUUAAUUCUUAUUCUUAUACUUAUUCAUUCGGCACUUUCAAGAAAUAUAACGAUGACACAAUAUAAACAAGAUGAUUAAAAAGUUAGCAUGACAACAGUUAUACAAAUACAAAUUUUGGUAGCAAUAUUCUGAGUGUAUCAUUUGGCGGCCAGAGAAGAGAAGAGGAAACUUAACCACUGUAACCGUAAAGGUCCUUUCGCCCAACCAACUGAUGCAAUCAGAAGACUGGUAAAAUAUAUAGCAUAAGAACAAAUAAAGGGAGUAACAAAUCAAGAAUAACAAAAAUUAAAAAUUAAAAAUAAAGAAAAGAGAGGCAAGUGCGAAUGUAACCCCAAUAUAGAAAUUAAGUACACAUUAUAUAUGACAUUAGGAAACUCACACAUUCAAUAAUAUAAUAGCGUUGUCUCUUCGUAAAAUUACGAUGUUACAUGUUUUAAGUUAUAUGUUUUAUACCGGGGUUUUCCUUUACCUAAUUAAUUGCUAUCAAAAUAUUACAUGUACAUUAAUAACUUUGAAAUAUGAUGAAAUUGUUCUCCAAAUUUAUGUCGAGUGUUUGAUUAUUCGCAUAUAUAUAUAACUGAAAUUGAAAUUAUUUGAGGGUUUUAUGGGGAUUAUGUUUGGUUUUCCAGUAUGUUACUGUUAUGCCAUUUCUCUAAAGUUAGUCAUUAAAGUACAUUAAAUAGAUCCGUGUCCUUAUAUUGAUGUCUCGAUUUUAUAGGGGAAUGGUCGGGUCCUUGUGAACAUAGAAAAAACAACGUACGUAUAGAUCAUAUAUAUCUUGUGAAUUAAAUAUGUGACAAUAGUAUUAACAUCAGUCUUAUUCAUGAUACAUUAAUGUAUGAGGUAUGAUGUACCACCCAAUAAUAAGCAGUUUAAAGUGGAUGAAUUAUUUUUUUGAUUUUGAUGUUGGUGUUUACAGCUUUUUAAAUCAUGGUAUACCAAGUUGACAGACAUGGCCAAAUCUUAUUCAUGGUACUGAUAAUUUGUCACAUUGUUAGUAUCAUCAAACCUCACUCACAAUUGAGGGAUAUAAAGCUAAACUAGUCUCUGUAAUGUUUUUUUCUUCAUUCUAUAUCUUAUGUAAUAGUCUAUUGUGGAGGGUAAAUGGCGUAUAUACUCCAUAUGGAUUCCUGAUACUGUACUAUCCUUCUAAUAAAUCUACUUUUCAAUGGAAGAGAGCAGACUUUAUCC